AUGCUGAUUAUUGUGCAGAACAUAUUUGUCUGGCAGAUACUUUUUAUUGCUGGCCUGGCCUGCGCAAAGACCUCAAUUCUCCUCUUCUUUUUGAGAAUCUUCCCGGGACCCAAGUUCAGGCGUAUGGUUUGGUCAACACUCGCCUUCAACACUAUCGCCACGAUAGUCCUUCUCGUUGUCCAGCUUACGGUAGGACGCAUCGUCGAGUUGGUUUGGGAUCGCGAAGACCUCGCCGCAAGCAUGGAUAAAUACAAGAAGCCCAUCAUCAUCAUAUUGGCACACUGCGCGGUCGACUUUUGCGUUGAUGCCUGGAUGCUUGUUCUGCCCAUGACCCAGCUCUACAACCUGGGGUUGAGAACAGAUAAGAAGGUCCGAGUCAUGUGCAUGUUUGGUAUUGGAAUCUUCUUGACUGUAGUCAGUCUUGUGCGUUUGGUAUUGCAGGCCAAGGUUGUGCCGAACCCUAGUGAAACAGAUAGCAAGCUGCAAUCGACAGUCGUUUGGGCCAACGUCGAACUCAACGUUGGCUUCGUGGUAGCAGUUAUGGCACCUAUCCGCCAACUAUUCCAACUCAUCGCAGCCGGCGGCAAGGCUGGGGAAGAAACUACGACGAACAGAAGUCGAUCCAGAACUGCCACCUUUGUCGAUCGGUCUCUUAUACGGAUCAAGGAUGUUGAUGAGGAACAGUUGGUGAUACAGGAUGUUGGUAAUUUGUGUGGGACGACACUUGCUACUUCAAGUAGUAGAGGAACGACGAAAAGGCAUGGCGGCGACGAUGUUGAGCUGAGCCACCUGGGGAUAAUUAACGAUGGAAAGGCGCAAAAAUGA